AAGACAAAUAUAACGCUAUAUCAUUUCCGCAACAACAACAUGGAGGCUGCGACUGAAGGGAGUCUGGAAACCGCGUUGGACGGCGCCGCCAAGAUACAAGAGCGACUCCAGAGACGACACCAGACGAGGAUAGAGGAUGUCGAGCGGAGGAAGGAAGCUAAAGAGAGCCAGUCCGUGGCGGAGGAGAAGGGAGACUAUUUCUCCAGCGCCUUUAACGCGGAGCGGGCGGCCAUCGAGGAGCUGCUGUCCGGCUGCUCCGGAGCGGACCGGGCGGUGCUGACCCAAACGCUGGAAGAGGCGACGGCCAAAAUCCUCCAGCUGCAGAAGUUUCUGAACGACAGCGUGUUGUUUCUGAAGCAGUACGACCUGAGACAAGCGCAGGCGGCUCUCCAGAAGCUGCAGACCUCCCUCGCUGAGACCAGAGACGAGGCUCUGCCCAAGAAGAAGUUCGCCUUUAAGGCCCGUGCCAAAGCAUCAGAUAAAGCCCCCGCGCCUGACACACCUGCCCCACCUGCCCCGGACACCGGCACACCUGCAGAGCCCGGUGGCACCACGGUUGAUGGAGCUGCAGCCUCGGAGCAGUGCAGCUUCUCCCACAUGGACAGUGUGCGUCUGAUAAAGACAGCUGAGGAGAUCCAGAAACGAGACGUGCUGUUGACCCACCUGACUAACUGCAAGGUCCGUCUGCUCGGCUCCCCCAGCACCCUGCACCUGAAGCACAUCGACACCUGUGAGAUCCUGUGCGGGCCCGUGACUAGUUCAGUAUUCAUUGACCACUGCAGAAACAGUACCCUGGCCCUCCCCUGUCAGCAGCUGCGGACCCACAACACCACAGACACACAGGUGUAUCUGCACGUCACCAGCCGGGCCAUCAUAGAGGACUGUCAGCGAGUGAGCUUCGCCCCGUUCACCUGGUCGUACCCCACCCUGGAGGAGGACUUCAUUGUGUCUGGCCUGGACAAGAACCGGAACAACUGGAGCCAGGUGGAUGACUUCAACUGGCUCGCUGCGGGAACGCCUUCCCCUAACUGGACUGUCAUACCGGAGGAGGAUAGGAAAACCACUUGGGAGCCCUAGAAUUCCUCUCUUAAACACCUGUCAGACCCAACCAUGAAAUUAAAUGUUGUUAGUAGAUGUCCUCCACUGAAUGUGUUGCACUUAGGCGUUGUAUAAUAUGAACAUUUCAUCUCACUUUUGAUCUUCUUGACCAAAGUAAUGGUACAAAAUAUACUUACUUAUAUACUGGAAUCACUUUACUUUACAUCAUUUCGUACGUAACAUACGUUUCUUGCAUCGUAGAUAGAAACCUCAUCUUCCCAUUCUUUAUUUUGAAAUCUAUAUUCGAAUACACACAUGCAUAAAACGUGUAAGCCGAGCCUUCAGCCGCGGUGACAGGCUUCAGGCUUUAGAAUAACCGAGCAGACGUGGACUCCACAUUGUCGCCUUGUACACAAUAAAUCAGAUGUUGAUGUAGGACUGAAUGCUGGUGAGCUGGACGGCUUUUUCAACUCAACCCAUGUGAGGAUAUUCACAAUUAGUAACAGCAAUUCACCACAAUAUUCUCUAUUAUUGCAAUACGCAAUAACAUCAUAUAUCCCGUCCCGUCCCUAGUUGCAAUGCUGCGUCUGUAUAGAGCAAGGAAAAGGUGAGACAGCGCGUCCACUCUUUUGUUGUUGUAUUGUAGGCUCGUAU